AUGCGUCCCCAAAACAUUCGUAUCAGAACAGUCCAGCUGGGCUUUGAGCAAGACCAGCAACGACCCCUCGAAGACUGUUUAAUAGGCCAGCGAAACACUCAUGCUAUGCAAUCAGCUCUGAUUCGCGGCGAUGAAGAGGUCACCCUUUUUAAUCGGAAUUCGAUUCCACCACAUCUGUGGCAGGGCCUCCAUCUGAGUGAAAAUCACAUAGGCCAAGAGGCAGUCGACCUUUUCAUAGAUUUGGCACCGCGCAACGCACCCUGUGAUCCUCAUGGCAACCUUUCACGAGACGCCCGAAACAGUAUAGAAAACAGACGUUGGAGUGGCCUGAAAUUCAAGUUUAUCAAGGUGCUUGCCGAGGGUGGUCAUGGAUACGCCACACUGUGGGACGUCGUUUUUGAAGACGCGUCUGUCAGGAGGGUCGUGAUUAAGAGAGCUAUAAACCCUUCGUCUGAUGCCUUCGAUCCUCAAGCAGAAGCCAUGUUUCACUUGCGGUAUGACGGUGCCCAGCACACGACACAAGUUAUCAACUUACAUCGCGAGGUAGUGGCUAUACGCACUGAUAUGUUGAGCCGUGGCACAUUUACUCACAGUGCCUUCAGAAAUGGAAAAGAGUGGAAGGCCGAAAGGGAGAAUUGCGUUGUUUUUGAGUUUAUGAAAUUCGGUGACAUGGCCAACAUCAUGCAAACGGUCACUACGAGAAAGGUUCAAAUCCCAGCUCAAGUUCUAUGGGGAAUUUGGGAAUGCCUUGUGCUUGGUCUCGCAACUAUUGCUUAUACGCCAUCCGAAAGCUCUGGCAACUCCAGUUUUGAAACGUGGUGGAAAGACGUAGUGUCUGACAGGGAGGAAGCAAUAGCCUUCCUCGACCGUGUCGACAGAGAGUGGAACAUUGAGCACGAUGUUCAUCUCGAUCUAGAAGUUCUCAAUGUUCUCGCGGGUCAUGAUCCAGCCACGCAUCCUAAUCAGCCUGUUUUCAAGCUCCAUGAUCUCGGUGCCUGGAGCUUUAAUAUGAACCAUGGUUGGGAGACCUACAACGAAUACCACAUUUGGCAAAUGAGAGGACCUGUUAAGCUUCAUGCCACGACACCAGAGCAAUUCAGUAAAGAAUGGGAUCGUUUUCUUAUCAGCUUAUCGACGGAUAGCUUGAGACAACUCUUUGCAGGUGAAGACCUGGAAAGAGUAGACGGGGCGGAAGUAGCCGGCCGUUAUGGCAUAUGGACCAAUAUAUUUCUUAUUGCGAAAGUUAUGGAGUCCGUCAUGACGAGAGAACUCAGCAGGUUCCCUUAUCAGACUGUUAUCCAUGAUCGAACAAAGAAGCCGACAUAUGGAGGGAGACUUCAGAGCCCACAGUUCCAGCACAUCGACCUCGAAUUGCGAGAUAUCGUGGCGAGUUGUCUGCACGAGAAGCCCAAAGACAGGCCCCGUAUUACCCAUCUUUUAAAGAAUGUGUUGGACCGAAAACAGCUAGGCUUCAAUAAUGAAGGCCCAGAGUCUGUUCAUACAUGGUGGGAAACCCUCUUCGAGCCUCAAGCGCCAAAGCCUAUCCCUGCACAAGCACCACCGCCCCCGAAUCCUGUCAAGCAGGCCGUGGUAGCCUCUGCCGCGAAAGGAGGCUUGGCGAUCGCGUCUCACAUGGCACAAGCAGCUGGAAACCAAGGCGCGCCGAAUCAGCCUCAUAUUCCUCCUCACAUACAACAAAUUCUUAACCAACAAAGGGCCAAACCCAAAGUAAAGGGACCUCCAGCACAACCUCCAGCACAACCUCCAGUUCAGCCUCAAGCUGCUCCUCAUAUUCCUCCUCACAUCCAACAAAUUCUCAACCAAAAAAGGGCCAAACCCGAUAUAAAGGGGCCUGCAGCACAACCUCCAGCACAGCCUCCAGCACAACCUCCAGUUCAGCCUCCAAUUGAGCCUCCAGCUCCUCCCAAGGUUCUCCCUCACUUACGACACGUUCCUACUCACUUACGAAAUCUUCCUUUUGAUCAACGAGGGGUCCAAUAUGGUCCAAAGGAGCCUCCUACACAGCAUCAGGCACCCCCUCCAGUUCAACCUCAAGCUCCGCCUAAGUUCAGCCUCCAGCUCAGCUUCAAGCCCAGCGGCCUCAAGCUCCUCCUCGAGGCCAGUAUCAACGCCAAGCCCAGCCUCAAGGUCAGCACCGAGGCCAGCACCGAGGCCGACUUCAAGGCCAACAUCAAGGCCAGCGUCAAGGCCAGCAUCGAGUUCCGCCCCGAGCCCAGCAUCCCCCAGCCCGGCCUCAAAUUCUACUUCAAGCCCACUGGCAUGGACCCCAGCCUCAAGUUCUACUUGAAGCCCGCUGGCCUGGACCCCAGCCUCAAGUGCAACCUCAAGCUCAGCAACCUCCAGCUCAGCAACCUCCAGCUCAGCAACCUCCAGCUCAGCAACCUCCAGCUCAGCAACCUCCAGCUCAGCAACCUCCAGCUCAGCAACCUCAAGUUCGACCUGGAGCCCAGCCUUAUGUUUCUCCUCACCUACGAAGGGGCCAACCGCGCAACCCAGAUAUCUACUGCAAAGGUUACCCCUGAAAUUUCUCCAAAAUCUGUCAAGCCAGGCAGGGUCAGCAAGAAGGCUCUAAAAGCGAAGAAGGCCAGUCGCAAAGUGCCGCCUCGGAAACACGAUGCUAUUGCAGAGUAUGUUAAGAAAGUGUUGCCAGAUAUGCCUGUGGCUAUUCGCAACCUUUUGACUCGCUCGCAACAUCUCGAAUCGGAACUCGAGAAAUAUGGCUUUCACGUUUUUUCUUUCGCGAACUAA